AUGCAUAUAAUAUAUGGUGUCCAUAACCACGAAUUGGCCAAAACACUUAUUGGUCAUGCUUUUUUAGGCCGAUUGUCUCAGGAAGAGAAAGUUGUACUUGGUGAUAUCGCGAAGAAUAUGAUUAGACCAAGAAACAUAUUGAUGACAUUAAAUGAUCAUAAUGUUAAAAGUUUGACAACAAUAAAACAAGUUUACAAUGCACGUCAAGCAUAUCGUUCAUCACUUAGAGGUAAUAGAACUGAAAUGCAACAUCUUUUGACAUUGAUGGAACGCGGCAAAUAUGUUUAUCGAUAUAGAAAGGUAGAGGAUUCAGAUGAGUUGAGGGACAUAUUUUGGGCUCAUCCAAACGUUAUCACUCUUGUAAAUAAUUUUCAAAUAAUAUUGAUUAUGGAUAGCACAUACAAGACAUGUAGGUGUCGAAUGUCAUUACUUGAAAUUAUUGGUGUUAUAUCUACUGAAAUGACAUUUUGUGUGGAAUUUGCAUAUCUACCGUCUAAGUGUGAUGAUAAUUUUACGUGGGCAUUACAAAUGUUGAAAUAA